GCGCACGCACACAGGAUACCCUCACUCGCGUAAGCUAUAAACAUGGCCGUCGUGCUUUGUGAUGAUGAUUAUCCGUGCCAGUUUGUUGUACGGCCGAGUGUCGCGCGUGAUCGCAAAUAAUAUGGAUACGAGAGGUAGCAGUCCCGGAGACCCAGGCUGUUGUCUGGGUAAGCAAUGAAUGUACUUCGUAUUUUGACACCGUGUGUGUUGCAACGCAGACGCAUAAGAAGUAUAGAUAGUACCGAUAAAAGGGAUUCCUGGUUUAUGAGAAGACAGCGUGGAGAUGCCUCUCACAUGACACAUAGAAUGGGUGCUUCUGCAUCAUCAAGCAUCACCAACGUAGGUGGAGAUUCGGUCCAAGCAGCUAGACUCUCAGCGUCAAGUAGUCCAGAACAACAUGGCAUUGCAGUUAGUUGUUUAUUCAUGUAUAGAGAGAAAAAGAAGAAGAUGACAGGAUUUGCAACGUUACGCAAGAAAUUUAUUAGGAGACGCCGCUCUUCUAAAGCAUGUGAUCAUGGUAGAAUUAUUAGAGAUUUGGUGUCCACGUGGAGUCACUUGGAAGCAACAGCUCUGCUUGAGGAGUAUGAGGCAUUAGCUGCAUUGAAAGAUCUUCAUGUUCAAGCUGAACUAGCUAGACCACCAGCUGCUACUUUCAAGCAAGACCUGUCAAUGUUAUAUGAUUACAAACAUUGUUCCGAUGUGGAUCUUGUAUAUAGAGGAGCGUGCUUUCCCGUUCACAGAGCCGUGCUUUCUGCUAGAUGCCCAUACUUUAGAGAUCUCUUGGCUGGUUGCCCUGGAUAUGGUGCUAGAAUAUGUUUGGAGUUGAGAACUCCGCAUCUUGAAGUGCAGAUGUUCUCAGCGUUAUUACGGUAUCUUUACACUGGUGAUAUCUGCCCGCACGAUGCAACAUUAGAAGCGAAUCUACUUCGGCGACUCGGUGAAGAAUUUGGAACUCCAAAUCCAUUGGAGCAUGAUCUCAGAUAUUUGCUGGAUACUGGCGAUUAUGCCGACGCCGCUCUCGUAUUCACCUCGGACAGCGAUUAUCAAAGACCGGAUAGCGGAAGUUCGGAGUACGGAUUUCGCCCUAAAUUAGAGCUGCCAUGUCAUAAAGCGAUACUCUCCGCGAGAUCUCCUUUCUUUAGAAAUUUAAUACAAAGACGGACCAGAUCGGGCGAGGAUCACACAGAAAGGGCGCUUCAUAUACCUACUAGAAUAGUGUUGGAUGAAAGUGUAAUACCUAAGCGAUAUGCCAGAGUCUUGUUACACGCUGUGUAUCUAGAUACCGUCGACUUGUCAUUAAUAUUGCGAGGAAGUGGUUGCGGAAACAGCGCUGGUAGCUUGGGGGAGGUUCAAGCUCUAACACAUACGGGUCGAAUGCGACCGAGUCCCUUGGAAGAAGCGAUGGAAUUGUAUCAAAUCGGACGAUUUCUCGAGCUUGAUAUAUUAUCGCAAGGUUGCGAGGAUCUUAUCUUGGAAUAUCUCACCUUGGAAUCGCUACCGACUGUUCUCAAGUGGGGUAGUCAACCUCACGGAUCAGCAUGGGUGCAUAGACAAGCGUUACAUUACUUAAGGGAGGAAUUUCAGCCGAUUGCUUCGUCCUCGAUUCUCCAUCAGUUAGAUCAUGCCCAUUUAGCGAAUGUAUUACAGAGUCAUUUUUUACAAGCAAGCGAACUUGAAGUACUGCAGGCAGUGCUCAAAUGGGGCGAAUACGAAUUAGUACGUCGAAUGGAGGAUCGAGAGCCCAAUUUGCUUAGCCAUACCGUGCACUCCGUGACCAGAAAGGGUAUUAAGAAGAGAGAUCUCAGCGACAUCGAAUUAAGGGAGAUACUAAGCGAACUUUUGCCGCUUGUCAGAAUAGAUCAUAUAUUGCCGCCGAAUAGCGAAGCAUUAGCACAGGUAUAUAUAUAUGCUAUUAGGAGAGGACUGGUUUCAACUCCGCCAAGUCACAUGAUAGGAGACGAAAGGGAUAAUUUACGGGUGAAUGCUUGGAUAAGAGGCGGAAAAAAGAACGGAUUUUUCGUGAGACCAAGGCUAUUCAUGCCAUAUUAUGAAGAGAUUAAGUCCUUGGUGGAAGAACAGAUGAUCCAAGAAGCUGAUUUAGUGAGAUUACGGAGGCCGCGAUACGUGGCAGAUAUACCGGAUGCGCUGUACAUGGUUGAGGAGAAACCAAGAGCCAUGGGUACCGCUGGUGUUGAUGUUCUCGCUGCAGCAUUUCCAGUGCCAGAUUCUGCAACGAUGGCUGCAAUGCUGAAGCGGGAGCAGAAAUUGAAGCAAUCACCGAGCUGUCAGCGGGCCAUAAGCUUGCCACUUUCUUCGCGACAUGAAAUCAAUCGGCAAGUGCGACUGCGCGUUGUCAGGGAAUUCAACUUACCCGAUACUGUGGCUGAUCUUUUGGAGAACACAGCGUCUUACAGUAUAAAAGAGCAAAACGAGCAGAGGAUGACAGAUAUAGAGGACAUUGACUCGCCGGGCAUGGAUAUUCGUGUGAGAACUACCGCCCCGGUGUGUUACGGGAGGAACAUGACAUUUCCUCGGCCGACUUCGUCUUACGCACAUAGACACGAACUUCCAGCUAUAGUGACCGAGGGAGAGAGCUGUAGACUUCUGGCCGAGGUAAGGGACGCAAUACGCUCUACACAUAUGUGUGUGCAUACCGAUAUCUCGCGCGGAGAGCAACUUUAAUCUCGCAUUUUAGGCUCGAUUAUGCUCUUAGAGAUUCCCGCAACUUUUUUAAUUAAAUUCCCUUUGUUCGCCUUGUGUACCGCUGGCUGAGAUUAUAAUCUAGCAAGAGAGGCUCGCAAGAUUGUUCCAAUCGGUCUAAUUUAAUUCGAGCUGUGCUGGCGCAAUCGAAACUUUCUUACGAAAUUAUUUUCUCUU